AUGGAUUUCUUUCCUUUGAAAAAGGCGCCAAUCUCAAAUGAAAAUACCGAUUUAAAUGAAAAGUUGCUUGCUGAGCUAAUAUCUUGGAAAGCUGAUAUAAAUCAACCAAUAAAGAUCGAAGGUUCAAUUAUAAAGAAAGAUGACAGUGAAGAAAAGAAUGAAAAAUUGCACUUGAAUAACAUUCAGAAGUUGUCGGAAGAUCAAAAUUCACAAAAUCAGAGCCAACACCAUAAUAAAAUCUACAGUACUUUAGCUACAGAAGCAGUAGAAGUACUUCUGUCUAAUGAUUUAAAUAGGAGUAUAAGCCAAAACUUAUCUCAAGAGUUGAAUAUCGAAAAAAUGCCUAAAUACCCAAAAACAAGCAAGCCUAUGUCAGAUAAUAGAUACGCUGAAGUCUUAAAAUACUUUAGCAAUACUCAUUAUAUUCCAGAAAGAUUGGCUGAUCCAAAUAUUCCUAACCAAAAGAGAAAGAUCUUUGAAUGAAAAAGAUCAAUUAAUAAAAAACUAUAA